UGGAGCCGGGAGAGGGUCGCGGCUGGGCUCGGUCGGGGCGUGGGGCCGGCGCGGGCAGAACAGGCGCCUGGCGCGGACUGCGGGGCGGGCGGCGAGAUGUUCAGCUGGAUGGGGCGGCAGGCGGGCGGGCGCGAGCGCGCGGGCGGCGCCGACGCUGUGCAGACGGUGACGGGCGGCCUGCGCUCGCUCUACCUGCGCAAGGUGCUGCCGCUGGAGGAGGCGUACCGCUUCCACGAGUUCCACUCGCCCGCGCUGGAGGACGCGGACUUCGACAACAAGCCGAUGAUCCUGCUGGUGGGCCAGUAUAGCACGGGCAAGACCACCUUCAUCAGAUACUUACUGGAGCAAGAUUUCCCGGGCAUGAGGAUCGGUCCCGAGCCCACCACCGAUUCCUUCAUCGCUGUGAUGUACGGAGAGACGGAGGGCAAUACCCCAGGCAACGCACUGGUUGUGGAUCCAAAAAAGCCCUUCAGAAAGCUGAGUCGCUUUGGAAAUGCUUUCCUGAACCGGUUCAUGUGCUCCCAGCUGCCCAAUCAGGUCCUGAAAAGCAUCAGCAUCAUCGACAGCCCCGGCAUCCUGUCUGGAGAGAAGCAGCGCAUCAGCCGAGGCUAUGACUUCUGCCAGGUCCUGCAGUGGUUUGCUGAGCGAGUGGACAGGAUCAUCCUGCUUUUCGACGCUCACAAGCUGGACAUCUCAGAUGAGUUCUCAGAGGCCAUCAAGGCCUUCCGGGGCCAGGACGACAAGAUCCGUGUUGUGCUGAACAAGGCCGACCAGGUGGACACGCAGCAGCUGAUGCGCGUGUACGGAGCCCUCAUGUGGUCACUGGGCAAGGUCAUCAACACGCCCGAGGUGCUGCGCGUCUACAUCGGCUCCUUCUGGGCUCAGCCCCUGCAGAACACGGACAACCGCCGCCUCUUCGAGGCCGAGGCCCAGGACCUCUUCAGGGAUAUCCAGGGUCUCCCACAGAAGGCGGCCGUGCGGAAGCUCAACGACCUCAUCAAGCGAGCCAGGCUGGCCAAGGUGCACGCCUACAUCAUCAGCUACCUGAAGAAGGAAAUGCCGAGCAUGUUUGGGAAGGAGAACAAGAAGCGCGAGCUCAUCAGCCGGCUGCCGGAAAUCUACGUCCAGCUGCAGCGCGAGUACCACAUCUCCGCAGGUGACUUCCCCGAGGUCAAGACCAUGCAGGAGCAGCUGGAGAACUACGACUUCACCAAAUUCCACUCGCUGAAGCCCAAGCUCAUCGAGGCCGUGGACCACAUGCUGACCAACAAGAUCUCGUCCCUCAUGAACCUCAUCAGCCAGGAGGAGACCAACAUGCCCACGCAGCUGGUGCAGGGCGGCGCCUUCGACGGCACAGCUGAGGGCCCCUUCAACCAGGGCUAUGGCGAGGGCGCCAAGGAGGGCGCCGACGAGGAGGAGUGGGUGGUGGCCAAGGACAAGCCGGUCUACGACGAGCUCUUCUACACCCUGUCCCCGGUCAACGGCAAGAUCUCGGGAGUCAAUGCCAAGAAGGAAAUGGUCACCUCCAAGCUGCCCAACAGCGUGCUGGGCAAGAUCUGGAAGCUGGCCGACUGCGACGCCGACGGCAUGCUCGACGAGGAGGAGUUCGCGCUAGCCAAGCACCUCAUCAAGAUCAAGCUGGACGGCUAUGAGCUGCCCAACAGCCUGCCCCCGCACCUCGUGCCCCCCUCCCACAGGAAGUCCCUGCCCAAGGCCGACUGAGGGGCACGGGUGGCGGCGUGGGUGGGACUGGGUGUGGGGGGACCUGGGUCCCGAGGCCGCUCUGCCACGGAUUCUGCCCUGAACGACCUCGGGCCAGGCGCUGCUGCUCUGUGCCUCAGUUUCCCCGUUCACAGAAUGGAGAGGGCAGACACCGAACACUAGACACAGGGUCCUCUCACCCCUACAGUUCCCUGAGUUUCCAUUCAAAUCUCGUGUGGAGAGAGGGGUGAAGAAGAUGGAAGGACUGAGAAGAAAGGGCAGUUGUCCAAAGAGAAGCUGGAGAGACAGAGGGGGCGUCUUGGAGGCUAAGGAGAUGCUGGGGUGCUGGGGGCCACAGUCCGCCUGCCUGUAGCCCCGUCUGUCCCCCAGAGACAUGGGAAGGAGCAGAGGUGAUCUCCACUUCCUGCCAGCUUCACGUGGAGGGGGACAGAGGGAGGGGGUUUCUGUUCUCUCCUAGCUGUCUGCCAAAGAGAAGACUCCGGCACCUGCAGGUGUGAAAGGAACCUCCAUCCGGUUCGUGCACACCCACCCCCGGCUCUGUCCCCCUCCCACUCACACCCCCCCCAGCUCGCCAGCAGAGCAGCCUCUGAGCAGGUUUUGGAGCCCUCACCUGCAUCAUAUUGCCCUUGGGAAGAUGCUGCAUCAUAUUGCCAUGGAGAUUCUGCGUUCCACCCAGCUCUGGCAGUCCUGCGCAAUGUCUGCACACUGGAGUCUGUUUCUAUUACUGAACCACACCAGGGGAGCGGGGAUGCCCCCACACUCGCGGUCUCCGUGGCUAGCAGCAGUGUGUCUGGAUACAGGAGUGUCCCCUUGCCUGGGGACACAGGAGCAAAUUCUGCCCAGGGCUGUCAGGGAGAAGAAAUAAGUCUACUCACCUAAACACUGGUUUUUGAUUUGUUUGGCUUUUUUUUUUCCUUUGCGUGGGGUGGGGGGGAGGAGGUGGGGGUGGGGGAGGGCAGGUGGUUUUUGUUUUGCCCACUGUCAUUUCCUUACAGACCGAGACCCUUUACUCAGAAACAGGGUGGAGCCUGAGAUCAGAAGCCUUUCUUUCAAAAACUCUGGUGCCCACCGUGGACGAGAACCAUGCAGGCACGCGUGAACUCUGGCUUUAGACUAUUCCCGCCCUCGUGCCCCCUGCAGGCCUGUGUCAGCGGUGGCUCACCAACACCCAUGUGCCUCGGGGGUGCCAUCGUGUGGCACAGGUGCCUUCUCUGUCCUCUCCUCAUUGACACAAAUGCGACCCGGGCCCCCUCCAAGCCUUACACAAACCCACACUUUUGUCCUGGGGCAGCAACAAGGGGAAAAACUCGGAGAACAUUCUUCAGCCACGUACCCACUUCACAGUCCUGCGCUUUCUCAAUAAUCGAGCUUUAAAAGAAUAAAUGCAUACUAUGGGAUUUUUUUUAAUCUUCAUGAGCAAUUUUGAAUUCAUUAGAUGCAUAGAAAAAGAUGUGUAUGAUUGCAGCUCUGUAACGAGCAGAUGGCUGUGCCCCGUGGUGCCUGCAUGACAGUGAACGUGAGAGAGAAGAGAUGGUCAGCUACGGCUGAGACACAUCAGGCCAGCUGAUUUCCCAUUAGAGUUAUUGCAGCUUUUAAUUCAUCAGUUACUAUAUCACUGUAUCACUGUCAUCCCAUUGUUCAUUGAUUUACUUGAGCCAGUAACGUCUCCAUUCAUCCCAGCCCUGAGAUUUUGGCAGCCUCUCCUUACCAUAUAGAAACCAUAUAGUUACAUAUAGAAAGAUUAAACCCAGGCUGGAGCGAUCGCACAGCGGGUAGGGCGUUUGCCUUGCACGCAGCCAACCUGGAUUUGAUUUCCAGCAUUUCAUGUGGUCCUCCAAGUACCUCCAGGAGUGAUUCCUGAGUGCAGAGCCAGGAGUAACCCCUGAGCAUCACCGGGUGUGACUGAAAAAAGCAAAAAAAAGAUUAAACACAGACAAAUACACAUGUGACAGGUGUGUGUGUUCUCUGACACGUGCUUCUGUGUGCAGAUGAUGACCUGGUCAGGUUUUGUCUGUUCAGGACCUGGAGGAAUUUUUAGAGGAGCAGCAUGUUGGGGGGUUCUGGUUUGCAGAAAUGUCUUAAGCACUGGCCUCACCCCACCCCUGGGGAGCCGCUGGCAGCCAAAAUCCUCACCCCACUGGGCCCCAGUGAUAUUUCCUGGGAAGGAAAAGGAAACCUCAUGUCCAUUUUUCUUCAUAUCUUUCUCUCAUGACAUGAAGUCAUUUGCCGUGAAAAGUUGGGAAGAAAAGGCCCGGAGCACAGCUGGCAUGGGGGCUGCUGAGGACGCAGAGCUUCCAGGGCCCAUCUAGAGUCUAGACCUGGGGCCAAAGCACCUGUUCCUGCCCCCUCCACCCCGCAGCCUGUGGUGGAAGAUCGCAGCUCUCCUGCAUCCGUUCAGCCUGGCCAUGUCGCUUUUCCCACACCACCCCGACAUUCAAUGCACCCUUCCCAGAUGGGCAGGGGCUUAGGGUGCUAGCAGGUCAAGAUGAAUCAGGAAACUCCCUUAGCAAUCACAGUUCUGAGGCUCGAGAUGAUUUUCUUCACAACACAUGGCUCUCUGUAGUGUCAGCUUCUGCAGUUGAACUGGGAGAGGGAAUGAAAAUUUCUGCUCCUCCAAAGUCAGCUUCUGUUGGGUGCCCUGCUGAAGAGGACCCCAGGUCCUGCCGGGACUCCCCACUCUGCAGGCGCCAGACCCCCUGCUCAGCCCCGCAGUGUGCGUGGGUUCUUGUGGCACUGUGUCCCAGGGGCCGGCCCACUCCCAGCGGGCAGAGCUGCACAUUCCACACUGGUGUCUGUGCAGCAAUGUCAUCUGGGCUCUGGACCCUCCCCCAGGAGGAAUUGUGUCCCAGAACUGGGGGUCUGGGCGAGGCAGUGAGCGGCUGCCCUGGGGCGGGGGAAGUGAACAGCCACCACCUGGACCUUUCUCUCUGCAGUAUACCAUCUUCUUUAUCCCCAGAGAAAGGAACAGCCCAGACUAACUGAAUCCGAGAAAGAAUAACAUGAACAGAGACAUUUUUACUUCCUCUGUGGGAUGGGGCAGAAGAAUGACAUUCUUGGGGGCGGGGAGGGGGCGGAGGAACCUGAGUCUGUUCAGCUGAAUGCAAGCCUUGUUUCAGAGUUUACCAAAGUCCCUGUCAGGGAGACAGCUUGAAGGGCUGGAGCAUGUGCUUGGCAUGUGGAAGCCCUGGGUUGCAUCCCUGGCACUCCAUAGGUCACAUGGAGCACUGUGCUGGGAAUAGCCCCAAGCACCCCUGAGUGUGGUCUCCAAACAAAAAGAAACUUUAAAGAAAAAAGUGUAUCAAGUUACAUACAAUGUAUCAAGCUUGAUACAUUAGUGUAUCAAGCUAGCCAAUGCAGUUAAUACACCAUGCUUCUAUUUUUUUGUAAUCUUGUUUAGCAGUGUCAAACGUCAUCUGCUGAUCAAUAAUAAACUAUCAGGGGAAAUCAGCCCCUUUCUCCCA